AUGAGUCUGCAGUCGGGGCAAGAGUUAUUAUCCACCUUCGGCUCCGUGUCCGAUCCUUCAUCGGAAACCGCGGAUCAUUUGUCACUUCUCCGUGGAAACAUGUUCGGAAUGUUAAAUCACGUCCUGCGAGAGAUGAUAGAGGACGUUGAUUUUUCGGGCUUCGUACAGGCUAGACUCAAGAAACCGAGAGUGCCUUGGGGACCGCUUGCUAGAAUUCCUUGGAAAAAGAGGAGAGCUAGUUUGUGCCAACUGAAGAAAAUUGUGCCAUCCAUUUAUUCUGGCAGGGAAAUGCCAUUUAAAUUGAAUCCUCUGGGGAAAUACAUGCCACGAAGUAAAUCGCUGCCUUCAUUCGGAAAAGGGAAAUCCUGUGCUGUGGUUUCCAGUGCAGGAAGCAUGAAAAAUGCUCUGCUUGGAAGUGUCAUUGAUAAGUUCAGCGUCGUAGCACGAAUGAAUAAUGCUCCGGUGGUGUCCCAUGUAGCAGACAUAGGAUCGAAAACAACAGUUCGAAUAAUCAAUGACCAGGUACUAGAAUCCUUGACCAAACUUGGCAGUGAUCACAUCACUGCCGAAGAACCUACGGCAGUUUUGUUGAGCCAGUGUGCCACAGUUCAUCUUUUUCACAUGAUCCCUCCACUGAAGAAAAGCGGUCCGUGUAAGUACGACUCAGAAGGAAAACCCAGGCGCACGUUGGAAUGUUCAUUGUUUCCGGGACACAACCGAGAAGGAGAACUUGCUUUCCUCAUGACGCAGAACAUGGCUUCCUUGCAAAAAACUUACAUCACGGGCCACGCUGUUUUACCAGGGCUUUCAACUUUGAAAUGCCGCCAAAAAACGAGUUUUUUGGACAAACCCAACGGAGGAAAUCAAAUUCACAGAACACUCUUGGCGAGCUCAUACAAGAAAAAGAGGAAAAUAAGAGUACGAACGGCAGGAAACGUUCGAGGUCGAAAUCGGCUCUUCAACAACAAAAUCGAAGGACAUGUGAUUUGGAUGAUGGGGUUUAUUCCUCAGUACACCGGGGCCAAGCUCAAAAAGCCAAAAGUACCUUGGGGACCCAUUGCCAAGGUUUCUUGGAGAAAGAAGAGAGCUUCUUUGUGUCGACUGAAAGAAAUUGUUCCGCGAAUUUAUUCCGGCAAUGAAAUGCCAUUCAAAUUGAAUCCUCUGGGAAAAUACAUGCCACGCAGUAAAGCGCUGCCAUCUUUCGGAAAAGGAAAAUCCUGUGCUGUGGUUUCCAGUGCUGGAACCAUGAAAAACUCUCAUCUUGGACCUGUCAUUGAUAAGUACAAGGUUAUUGCACGAAUGAAUAAUGCUCCGGUGAAGGGUCUGCAAGCAGACGUCGGGUCGAAAACGACACUUAGAGUCAUCAAUGACCAGCUACUGGAAUCCUUGACCACAGUUGGCAAGAAUCAUAUCACUGCUGAAGAACAGGCCCAUGAAAAAAAUACUGUCAUCAAUUUAGGAUGGGAUUUUUGCGGCGAAAGCUACCACAGGAUGUCUCUUACCAAGUGCCAUGGUGGCUGGAAGAAUGAGUGGGUUUACAAAUUUAAAAAACAUGGGUACAACGGACUCUCGAAUUACAUGCGAUGGAAUAAGUACGGGAAGAACAAAAAUAUUCGUGUGUACGUAUUGGACUAUUCGUACAUCAAGGAGUUGAAAAACUUUGUGACAAAUGAGUCCCCAUUUAUUGACCUCGACAGCAUCGCUCCUUCCACCGGCUUCCUUGCUACAGCCGUUUUGUUGAGCCAGUGUGCCACAGUUCAUCUUUUUCACAUGAUCCCUCCCAUCAAUAAAAACAGUCCGUGUAGGUACGACGAAGGAGGUAAAUCCACGCAUUCGUUGGAAUGCUCAUUGUUUCCGGGACACAACCGAGAAGGAGAACUUGCUUUCCUCAUGACCCAUAACUUUGCUUCGUUGCGUGAAACCUACGUGACUGGACACGCAAUUUUACCUGGGUUAUCAACUUUGAAAUGCCCUGUGGCAUCGCUAGGACAGCCAAAUAAAACUGAUUGCAUCGAAGUGGAGGAGUUGAGUCCCGAUUAUGACGAUGAUAUUGGACAUGUGCUCUGGAUGAUGAGAUUCAUCCCUUGGUACACUGGAUCUGCCAUCAAAACUCCUCGGCGACCUUGGGGGCCUUUACUGAAAAUCCCAUGGAGAAAGAAACAUGCCAGUUUGUGCCGGCUAAAAAGAAUUGUUCCGUCCAUUUAUUCCGGCAACGAAACGCCAUUCAAAUUCAAUCCUCUCGGAAAGUACAUGCCACAAAGCAAAAAACUGCCAACAUUUGGCAAAGGUCGUGAAUGUGCCGUAGUUUCCAGUGCUGGCACGCUGACAGGUUCUCGCCUUGGAUCUUACAUUGAUAAGUUCGACGUAGUGGCACGAAUGAAUGUAGCUCCGGUUGAGGGCCAUGAAGAAGACAUAGGAAGGAAAACGUCAUGUCACAAUAACUGGAACAAUGAGAAGAUUGGUAAGUUGGAAAAACACGGGUACAAUGGACUUGCGAAUUAUAUGCGAUGGACUAAAUACGGAAAAAACAAAAACGUGCAAAUCUACGUUCUGGACCACUCAUUCAUCACGGCGUUAAAAGGAUAUCUUGGAAAUCAGUCCCCAUUUCACAAUGCUGAAAGCAUCGCGCCUUCGUCAGGAUUUAUUACCACGGCAAUUUUGCUGCAUCAAUGCAAUUCGGUGCAUCUUUUCCACAUGAUCCCUCCGGUCAAGAAAAAGACUCCUUGUAGGUACGACAAAAAAGGAAAAAAGAAGCGAUCCUUGGAGUGUUCCUUGUUUCCGGGACACAACCGGGAAGGAGAACUUGCUUUCCUCAUGACCCAUAAUACCGCUUCACUUUACACGACAUAUGUCUCGGGUCACGCGGUUUUACCUGGUUUAUCUAAAUUGAGAUGUCCUUUCGAACAGAGGAUGACUCGUCCUGUUCAGCGACCCCGUUUUCCAGCCGGUAGACGAUCAACCCGAAAGGAUAAGAAUCCUUCAUUUUUCCGGCGUCUCGAACUGACCCAUGAUGGGAAAGGUACUGGGAACGAGACAUGGGACAAAGAGUCUUUGAAAUUAUUCGAGGAUGAAAAGCCGAGUUUGGCAGGAAAAUACAAGUCGAGAAUAAAGGCGACCAUCAGACAGAACAUAAGGUCCAAGCAUGGUCGCAUUUUGCGAGGCAAAACCCGGUGGAAAAUUUUCAAGAAGACUCCUCCUCUCGUUCAGAAACGGAUUUUAUGUGACUUGAAGCGGCUGAUCCCGUCCCGAUACUUCAGGAAUUCAAAGGGCUUCUCUCAGAACCCUUUUGCCAAAUAUUUGCCAAAAACUCCUGAGAUUCCUGUCAGGGGUUCCUUUCGUUCGUGCGCUGUCGUUUCCAGUGCUGGGACUCUAAUUGGCUCCGGAAUCGGAUCAGAAAUAGAUUCUUAUGAUCAGGUUUGCAGAAUGAACAAGGCACCAGUUAUCGGAUACUCAAAAGAUGUUGGGAGCAAGACCACUCUUCGAAUCAUUAAUGACCAAAUGUUGGUAACCUUGAAUGAUCCAUCGAAUCCAUUUUGGGGCAGCCGGAUUCAACAGAAGGACUUGAAACAUGAUAUACUAUUGGGCUGGGAUUUCUGUGGGUUUAAAAAUCGAUUGCCCUUACACAAAUGCCAUGAUAACCUGGGCAGUGCAAAUAUACGCAAGUCUGAAGGAUACGGGCACCAAGGCUUUGCCAACUAUCUGAAGUUCAGAAAGCAUCAUCCAAGAAACAGAGUUUUUGUUUUACAACUGGAAUGGAUUCGGAUGAUCAGUGAUUUCUUGAAACGCCAUUCACCGGUUUCUAUGAGCAAAAACUCAGUGCCUUCGACUGGAUUUGUCGGUUUGGUCUUUUUGAUGCAUCACUGCAAAACAGUAGAUGUAUUCCACAUGAUUCCACCGAAAAGAGGUCCAGGAAGAUGCAAGUAUUUUGAAGACGAUUACAACUCGCCAAUUCGAUGCAGUUUGUUCCCAGGACACUCCAGGGAAACAGAGGUUUCCUUUUUAAUGGCUUUCAACAUGGCAAAUGACAAGGCUACUUAUUUGAAUGGCCCCGGUGAAAAUGAGGAAGGCAGUUCAUUAUCGAAUGCAGGAAAACUGUUUUCUAGCGAAAACAAACACUCAAACAAGAACCUUCUCAUGGAAAAUGCAAAGGAUACCAAGAAACCAGCAAGGAAGGAAAUGAGACCCGAAAUGCGACCAGAAAUGAGACCUGAAAAGAAACCCAAAAUGAGUCCAAAAAAGGGACCCGAAAAGAAACCAGAUAUGAGUCUCAAACAGGGUCCCGAAAAGAAAUCCGAUAUGAGCCUCAAAAAAGCGGGUCCCGAAAAAAGACCCGAAGUGAAACUCAAAAAGGCUCCCGAAAAGAAACCCGAAGUGAGUCCCAAAAAAGGACCCGAAAAGAGACCUGACGUGAGUCCCAAAAAAGGUCCUGAAAAAGGACCCGACAUGAGUCUCAAAAAGGUUCCCGAAAAGAAACCCGAAAAGAAGCUGGAAAAGAGACCCGAAAAUAGGCCCCAAAGGAGACCCAAAAAUAAGAGGCCCUGGAAUAAGAGACCCGAGAAGAGACCCGACAGUAGACCCGACAGUAGACCCGAUAGCUUCAAUCCGACAUCGCAAGGUCGAAAACGAUAUAAAGAAUGGCUGGAAGACGAGUUGUCAAGGAAACUAUCGAAGUUGAACUAUGGAGCCCCAGUUUCCUGGGAUGCGGUCAAGAAGCAAGUAUUCAAGAGCUUGUCAAGCCAUCAGAUCUUGUGUCAAUUGAAGAAGCAUGUUCCUAAGGCUUUGAUUAGCUCGUACAAAAACAUAAAGGGCUCCAAAGACGCAGAAUUGUUACCCGCAGAUGGCGAAAUCAAAUUGGGAAACUUGCAAUCUUGCGCUGCUGUUUCGAGUGCUGGAACUUUGGCGGAUUCCAAUUUGGGAUCAUCCAUAGAUGGACACAGGAAUGUCAUGAGAUUCAACAAAUCUCCGACUCGGGGGUACGACAGAAACGUUGGUUCAAAAACGACCAUUCGAGUUUUGAACGACAUUUUAAUGAAUUCCGCUGGGAAGAUGGGGAAAGGGGCGGCGCACCCGGAAGACUUUCCGGAUUCUAAAGGAGCAACAAUCAUCGGAUGGGAUGUUUGUAGACCAAGAAGUCCUUUCCACAAGUGCUUGGUAAACAAAGGGAGAACGGUAGAGAAGUGGAUGGGUCAGAACAGCCUCGGGGGAUAUUUGUCCUGGAAAAGGAAGAAUCCUUCAAGAAAUGCGUACUUCCUGGACCCUGAUUGGGUCAGAGGACUUGGCGACAUUCUGGAUAAACUUAUGCCUGUCAGAUUGGCUUCACACAAAGUUCCCUCCACCGGGUUCAUCGGGGUUGCACUAAUGAUGCACCAUUGCAAAGAAGUCAGAUUGUACCACCUGAUUCCUGUGAUGAGGAAAGGGGCCCAGUCUUGCAAAUAUUUCGGCAGCAGUGAAAGAAAAUCCACUUUAAAUUGCGCAGCGUCGUCCAAUCAUCACCGAGAAGCUGAAAUUGCCAUUUUAAUGAGGCUCAACAAGGCAUCGGAUGCAGAUGCUUACGAAAAAGGAAUCUCCGUCAUCCCUGGGCUUCAGGGCUUCAAUUGUUAAAAAAAAAAAUCUCGUAUAAUCCUGCAAUGAAGAAAACAAUUACUUAUUUAUGAUUCGACGGCUGAAAAAUACAUUCCAAACAUCUUAAUAAAUCGCUCGUUUUAUAGUGUCCGCAUACUCCGGCUUUAAUAAAGACUCGCGUUAAGGUUUUAAAUGCCGAAACAAUCUUUCCCGAAUACCAACAAUUAAAGAGAGGAUAGAUAGCAACUGGUUACAGUUGAAAGUUCCGUUUUAGUAUUAUACCUCGUUUAAAACUGGAAGCUCAUUUCGAAUUCAUCGCAGUGAAUACAAAUCGUCUCAGCAAUUAAAUCGAGAAUGGUUCGUCCCAGUAAAACCUACAUUCCUCAG